GGGACAGACGAAAGUGGUCCGUCAGAGGAGCACCAGGUGACUCAGAACUGGGAAUUAAAAACAUACGUACGGACGGGAAGGAUUACGGAAAUAUACGCUGUUUUUUAUUUUAAAGAGGGCCGUUCCGAAGAUAGUUUUCACGGAAGGCGAUUCAGAGUCAAGUGCCCCAGCCUCGCUUUCCGUGCUCCCACCCCACUCGCACGCUUGCGGGCUGCUUCCCAGUGGUUUCUCCUCCGCAAGCCCCCCCCCGUCCUCAUCACCCCUCCUCCUGCUCCUGUUGCCAUGGCGAUCCUGUUUGCGGUGGUGGCGCGCGGCACCACGAUCCUGGCCAAGCACGCCUGGUGUGGCGGGAACUUCCUGGAGGUGACGGAGCAGAUCCUGGCCAAGAUCCCGUCGGAGAACAACAAGCUGACCUACUCCCACAGCAACUAUCUCUUUCAUUACGUCUGUCAGGACAGGAUCAUUUACCUGUGCAUCACAGACGAUGACUUCGAGAGGUCCAGGGCCUUCAGCUUCCUAAACGAGGUGAAGAAGCGCUUCCAGACGACGUACGGGUCCCGCGCGCAGACGGCGCUGCCCUACGCCAUGAACAGCGAGUUCUCCAGCACGCUGGCCGCGCAGAUGAAACACCACUCAGACUCCCGGGGAUCGGACCGUGUGGCUGAGACACAGAUGCAGGUGGACGAGCUGAAGGGCAUCAUGGUCCGAAACAUUGACUUGGUGGCCCAGAGAGGGGAGAAGCUGGAACUGCUCAUUGACAAAACGGAGAACCUGGUGGAUUCGUCUGUCACCUUCAAGACCACCAGCCGGAACCUGGCCCGGGCCAUGUGUAUGAAGAACCUGAAGCUGACCUGCGUCGUCGUGUUCGUGUGCAUCGAGGAGGUCUCUCGGAGCCGGGGGUGGCAGAUGAAGGGGUGCUGUCUUCCUCGAGAGGAGGAGCUCCUUGAGAACGGCCCCCCUGAGCUCCUCCGCUCCGGGCAGGUGGACCGGCCGAGGCUCGGAGCUCGUGAUCUGGCCCCCCUCCGACCCCACCGUGACACCCCGCCUGGCCCGGACAGCACAAGCGAUCCGACCCGGCACUCUUCCGGCGCCAGGCCCCGGUGGCGCUGGUCCACGCCCUUUGAUCGCUCCUUUUCACAAAUGGGUUUUUGA